AUGUUUUUUGUUACUUAAAUUUUUGAUGAACAAGAGGAUGAUAAAGAAAGCAAAUAAGCAAGAUAGAUUGUAUCUGUUCUUUUAAGAUUUUCUUAUUAUGCAUUUCAAUUAAGUGUCAUUUAUGAAUCAGCUUAUAUUAUAUACUUUGAGAUGAAUAGAAUUGUGUUUUCAGUAUACUUUACUAUUUUGUACUAUUUUUUUUUAAAAUCUUUUUACUUAUCAAUUAGUGUGAAAAGCUAAGCUAAUAUAAACAUGAUUGAAGAAUAAAAUAUAUGUAAGAGAUGUAAAAUUCAUAGAGGUUUAUUUUAUGAAUAUAUAUAGAAAUAACAACACAUCACUGUAAAAUUUGUUAACAUUGUGUAUUAGAAAUGGAUCAUCAUUGCUUUUUUAUAGGGAAUUGUGUAGGAAAAUUUAACUAUAAAUAUUUUAUAAGUUUUGUUUGUUAUACAAGUAUUCUUGGAUUGAGUGCAUUACUUUAUUUAGGAAACCAAUUUUAUUACUUGGCAACUUUUUAAUUUAGAUUUUUAGUAGUAAAUUGGUUUAGAUUGAUUUUUGUGUACAUUUUUGCUGCUUUGCUUUUCUUGUCUGCUAUUUCAAUGUUAGUAGUUUAAGCGUAUGUGUUAGCUAAUAAUAGUUCUAUUGUACAUAUGAGAAAAUAUCCUGCUUUAAAGAAAUAUACUUAUUGUUAAUUUAUUCUGAGCAUAUUUAAGAAAUCUUUAUAUGUAGACAUAUAUACUUCAUGGAGAUAAAGAAGUGAAUAAUAUUAUUUAUUAAUACCAUGAAAUAAUUUAAAUGAUAACC